AACAGAGCGAGGCUACGUGCAGUCAGUGAUUGUGAAAAUCCUUGUCUGUCGGUAAGAUGCAUAACAUUAACUGUUGCGAAACCAUUUAUCUGUACCAUGAAAAUAAAAUCCCAACCAAUCAUGGUUCAACAAAGAUUCUAAACAACACUGUCCUGUCACUCAGCUAAGAAAUCACUGACCUCUAGUGGACUAAUGUGCAACUGUCCAGGGACAGAGUUGGCCCUGGUCAGGCUCCAGACAGACAGACAGAUAAAUGCAAGUUCCCUUUGGGAAAUUAAGGAUGAUUAAUUAUUAAUAUCAUACACCUUGGAUCAGUAAUCACAGCAGGUGGUGUUCAGGUUCUUAGCUAUCAUUCUGCUAUCUGGUUUGGACAAAGAAAAAAGACAAAUCCAAACACAGAUGACGCAUCACUUCCCAACAUGAAAGGAACAUACUUUUAUCUGUGUCAUCACAGUCCAGGUUGCAUCAGGCUAAAUCCAGGGGGAAAAGUGCACUAGACUAAAAAGAGUGUGAGGGCCAAGAACAUUUAGAGGAAUGUCCUUUUUUACCCCCGUACGAAAAAAACCUUCUAAUUAACUGAACAAUGUUCAAGGAAACCAUCCAGACUGGACUUAUGUCCAUCUUUAACAACAUGGGCAGCGAACCACUUGAACUUUGGGACACACAGGUAAAAAAUGGUCACAUUACGAGAGUCACAGACGACGACCUUCACUCAUCUGUGCUGGAGGUCACGGGGGUCAACAUCAACACCACCUACAUCACGUGUCCUGCGAGUCCUGACAAAACGCUUUCCAUUAAACUUCCACACAUGGUGAUGAUCAUUAAAAAUCUGGAAAGACAUUUCUCCUUCGAGGUCCAGUUCCUGGACGACGCAAACAUCUGCAGACAUUUUCGGGCGAGCAGUUACGUAAGCACAACGAGGGUGAACCCCUUCAACUGCACCAUGCCUCUGAUGCUGGCCGAUGGCUGGAACUCCAUUACAUUUAACCUGUCGGACUUCACCACGCAGGUGUACGGUACGCAGUACGUAGAAACUCAGCGAGUGCAGAUUAACGCCAACUGUCGAAUAAGACAGGUUUAUUUUUCUGAUCGAGUCUACUCUGAGGAAGAACUUCCAGAAGAGUUCCAAAGCCAUCUCCCAGUUCAGGCCCAGCAGUCGUCCCCACCACUGCCCUACGAGGAAAACGGAGAGGGGGAAGCAGCGACGGCGCAAUCUGAGGUAGAACAGGAAAGUAAAGGCUAGCAUUGAAACAGGUCGCCUGCCUUCUGCUGUUUAACACCAUCAACUUUGUAUAUGUAAUAUAAAUGUACACUAAUUGUAAUGUUAUUGUAAUGCAAUGUUAGGUUUUCUGUGUAGAUUGUCAACAUCCGGUGAAAUGAAGACUUUGGGUUCAGUUUGUGCUACAGUACCAUCUGUCAAUCAGACCUUAGUAGAUUUAAUGUGGGAUUAUCACCACAGGAAAUGCUAUUGUUCUUUUGAAAGAUUAAAGUGCAUAGUUAUAGGUCAUGUUUAAAAGAUGUAAAUAUGUAAUAAUAUACUGUGUAUAUAUAUAUAUAUAAUA